CAAUCAGAAAGCAGGACCAAAGAUGGCGGAAUCGGAGUUGAGCGUCAGGAGCUGUCGAGAGUUAUGGACCAUUCUACUGGGGAGAUCUGCACUGAGAGAGACGGCUCAGAUAGAAGGAGAACUUGACAGACACUGGGACAGACUGCAUCAAGGACUCAGUUACUACAAGCCACCCAGCUCAUCCUCUGCUGGGAAAGUGAAAGUUAACAAAGAUGUUGCACAGCCACUGAAAGACUUCGGUUUGCGGAUUAGUAAAUUCUUGAAUCUGGAUGAGCAGCAGAGUGUGCAGCUUUUACAGUGUUAUCUACAGGAGGACUACAGAGGAACCCGUGAUUCAUUAAAGGUUGUUCUGAAUGAUGAGCGACAGAGCCAGGCACUUCUGCUUAAGAUUGCAGAUUAUUACUAUGAGGAGCGCAUGUGUCUGCUCAGAUGUGUUCUCCUCCUGCUGACGUACUUUCAGGAUGAGCGACAUCCUUAUCGGGCGGAGUACAGUAACUGUGUCAAUAAGUUGGAGAAAGACCUGGUUAGCAACUAUCAGUCGCAGUUUGAAAAUCUCUUCAAAGCUGAGGCGCCAACAUGGGAAACUCACGGCAACCUCAUGACGGAGAGGCAAGUUUCACGGUGGUUCCUGCAGUGUUUGAGAGAACAGUCUCUGUUACUGGAGAUUAUCUUUCUGUACUAUGCUUACUUUGAGAUGAGCCCGUCCGACCUUCUCAACUUUACCAGAAUGUUCAAAGAGCAGGGCUUUGGUUUGCGGCAGACAAACAGACACCUGGUAGACAAGAGCAUGGAUGCUCUGGUCGACCGAAUCGGAAACUUGAGCUCUCUUAUCCUGAUUGAGGGGAUGGACAUAGACUUCCUGCAUAAGUGCGCUCUGGAGGAUUGUACAGAACAGCACCAGUUUUCUUCUGUUCCCAACGUCAUUAAGGAGAUGGAUCAGCUGCUGCUGACUUUCGGUGACAUUCCUCAUCAUGGACCUGUGUUGCUGGCUUGGGUGCUGCUGAGACACACACUCAGACCUGAUGAGUCCAGUCCUGUGAUCAGGAGGAUCGGCAACACGGCGUUGCAGCUCGGGGUCUUCAAGUACCUUUCAACCAUGCUGAAAGGCCUCGGAGUCUCAGGCAAUAACUGUACAGCAAGCACGGCAAAAAUGUGCAUUUAUGGCCUCCUCUCAUUUGUAAUCACCUCCUUUGAAGAAGAAAGCCUACAGGGUGAAGGUGUGGAAACACAGACCUCUCAUUUGAUUGAUGCUGCCUGUGAAGUUCUCUCUGCUCCCAGUUUGGCUGAAGUCUUUUGGGAAAUGAAGCCAAACAUGGGACUGGGGAUGAUCCUGGACAGUGCAGUGGGUAUGUUUCCUCAUAAGAUAGGACCUCUGCUGCAGCUUCUGACUGCACUUGUGUCAAACAAGUCCACUGUUAAAAAGGUGUACAACUUCUUAGAUAAGAUGUCCUUUUACACACAAGUUUACAAACACAAGCCGAAUGACAUCAUUUCCAAGGAUGAUGAGACUCUGUGGAGGAGACAAACUCCAAAACUCCUCUACCCUCUGGGCACAGGGCAGACGAACCUGUGGAUGCCACAGGGGGUGCUGGGCCAGGUGAUAAUCGCGGGUGAACAGGGCUACAUGGUGCGCUGGGACUACUCCUACAGCGCCUGGACUCUGUUCACCUGUGAGGUGGAGAUGCUGCUUCACGUUGUUUCAACUGCAGACGUUCUAGCUCACUGUGCACGUGUGAAGCCCAUCCUGGAUCUGAUCCAUAAGGUCAUCAGCGUAGACUGGACUGUGUCCGAUUGUUUGUUACCUCUCACAUCACGCAUCUACAUGCUGCUGCAGAGGCUAACUUCAGUCAUUAACCCUCCAGUGGAUGUGAUUGCCUCCUGUGUGAACUGUUUGUCUGUACUGGCUGCAAGGAUGCCAGUGAAGUUGUGGUCCAGUCUCCAACACACAGGUUUCCUCCCUUUUGCCUCCAGCCCUUUAACUAGCAUGUCUCAGUGCAUCAGUGCUGAGGGGAUGAAGGCAGGAAACUAUGGUAACUUGUUGGUCCAGAUUGAGCAGCCCAGGGGCGAGUAUGCAGUGACGAUUGCCUUCCUUCGUCUCAUUACAACUCUGGUUAAGGGUCAGCUUGGCAGCACCCAAAACAAAGGUCUGAUCCCCGGUGUGCUGCUGGUGUUAAAGGAGAUGCUGCCCACAUACCAUAAGUGGCGCUACAACACCUAUGGAGUCAGAGAGAGAAUAGGUUGUCUGAUUUUGGAGUUGAUUCAUGCCAUUCUCAAUCUGAGUCCAGAAGCAGAGGACCAUGGAAGCACUCCCACCCUGCAGUCUCUUUGCAUCUACAGUCUGGCAAACACUGAAGCUGGACAAGCUGUCGUCAACAUCAUGGCAGUCGGAGUGGACACCAUAGACCUAGUCCUCGCUGCACAGCCGAGCAGCUGUGGCUCUGAGGGUCCUGGUCAGGUCAUGAUCCAGACAGUCAAACUGGCCUUUUCCGUCACGAACAACGUUAUUCGUCUGAAGCCACCAUCUGAUGCGGUGUCACCCCUAGAGCAGGCGCUGACACAGCACGGCGGUCACGGCAAUAACCUCAUAGUUGUCUUGGCCAAAUAUAUUUACCACAAACAUGACCCUGCACUACCUCGUCUUGCAAUCCAGCUCCUCAAAAGGCUUGCCACUGUGGCUCCGAUGUCGGUGUACGCCUGCCUUGGCAGUGAUGCAGCAGCCAUCAGGGAUGCAUUCCUUACUCGGCUGCAGAGUAAGACAGAAGAUAUGAGGAUCAAAGUGAUGAUCUUGGAGUUCCUCACUGUUGCUGUGGAAACCCAGCCAGGCCUCAUUGAGCUCUUCCUCAAUUUGGAAGUGAAAGAUGGAAGCGAAGGGUCAAAGGAGUUCCUGCUGGGUGAGUGGAGCUGUCUCCACGUGGUGUUGGAUCUGAUUGACUCCAAACAGCAGGGGAAGUACUGGUGCCCCCCACUUCUUCACAGAGCAGCCCUGGCCUUCCUCCUGGCCCUGUGGCAGGAUCGCAGAGAUAGUGCCAUCUCAGUUCUGCGCACCAAGGAAAAAUUUUGGGAAAAUUUAUCAACACCUCUUUUUGGAACCCUUAUCCCUCCUUCAGACACCACAGAGCCCUGCGUCCUGGAGGCCUGUGCAUUCGUCAUGAAAAUUAUUGGCCUGGAGAUUUACUAUGUUGUCAGCGGUUCUCUGGAGCAGUCUCUGAAAGAUGGGCUUCAAAAGUUUUCUAACGCACGGCGCUAUGAGUACUGGUCCCAGUAUGUCAAGUCGCUGGUGUGUCAUGUGGCGGAGUCCGAGGAGGAGGGCAUCUGCUACUUCUCAGAGACACAGAUGUUGAUCUCUGCAUGGCGGAUGCUGCUGAUACUCUCCACCAGCCACGCCGAUGUGAUGCACCUGACUGACGACUCCACCAAGAUGAAACUUUUUAUGGAUGUCCUGGAUGGGACUAAAGCAGUUCUGACCACACCGACGUCUGUGCCUUGUCUCCGUCUCGGAUCCAUGAUGGCUACGCUGCUGCUCAUCCUGCUCAAACAGUGGAAAAGUGUUGUAGUGGCAGCUCCUCUCUCCCUCAUCCUGGAAAGUGUCUUACAAGCUGACCAGCAGAUGAUGGAGAAGACCAAAGCCAAAAUCUUCUCUGCACUCAUUUCUGUGCUGCAAAUUCAGGGACUCAAUGGUGGAGAUAUUUCCCAGCUGCCCCAGCUGUUGCUGUCCGUGUGUGAGACGGUUAAAGAGGAGGCGCUGGCUCUCAUCGACAGCACUCGUCACAUGAGACAGAUGGAAGACACGGUGGAGAACGAGGACAGCAUGGAGACAGAUUCUCCUCGGGGUCUACAUAAGGACCAGAGAGACGGGGUGUGUGUUUUAGCGCUCCACUUAGCCAAGGAGCUGUGUCGCUCCGAUGAGGAUGGUGAGCACUGGGUGUCGGUGAUGAGGAAGGUUCCAGUCUUGCCCUCGGUGCUGAGCGCGGUGGAGCUCAGCCUUCGUUCCAAACAAAACCUUUAUUUCACCGAGGCUGCUCUUCAUCUGCUGCUCACACUAGCUCGAACUCCACAGGGGGCAGCAGCUGUUGCUGGAGCUGGAGUCAUCCAAGCUAUCUGCCUCCCUCUUCUGAGUGUGUAUGAGGUCUCGUCAAAUGGUGCAUCACAGAGUUUCUCUCGGAAGUCCCAGGACUCCGCCUGCUGGCCGGGUGUGUAUCGCCUCUGCAUGUCUUUAAUGGAGAGUCUUCUCAAGACUCUGCGUUACAACUUCAUCGACGAAGCCCUGGACUUCGUCGGAGUUCAUCAGGAACGUAUAUUGCAGUGUCUGAACGCGGUUCGAACAGUGCAGAGCCUGGCCUGUCUGGACGAGGCGGAUCACACAGUUGGAUUCCUUCUGCAGCUCUCCAGCUUCUGUAAGGAGUGGCAGUUUCACCUGCCUAAUCUGCUCAGAGAUGUGCAGGUAAACCUGUGUUACCUGUGCCAGACCUGCACAUACCUGCUCCACAGUAAAAAGAUGCUCCAUCAUUAUCUACAGGUGAAGAAUGGUGAGGCGCUGCCCCCUGGUCCUCUACCUAGGGCACAGCGGCCUCCUCAGGACCUGACUAAAGAUGCAGCAGGAGUGGGGGAAAGAGAAGAGGCCGAGCAGAAGGCCCUGCUGACCGUACAGUGCAGCCUUCUAAAGAUCCUCAGUAAAACUCUGGCCACUCUGCAGCACUUCACUCCAGACUGCUGCCAGAUACUCCUGGACCAGUGUAUGGACCUGACUGAGUACAGGACCCUGUUUGUGCUCAGCUUCACAACCCCUGCUUUUGACCCUGAUGUAGCCCCAUCAUUUGGGACCCUGCUGGCCACCAUUAAUGUGGCUCUGAGCAUGCUGAGCGAGAUAGAGAAGAAGAAGGAGCCAGCGUCUGUGAGCAUAACUUCCCUGGCUUCAUCAGAGGAGAUCCAGGCUCUAAAGUCAUUGCUGAUGUUCACCAUGGAGAACUGCUUCUACGUGCUGAUCUCUCAGGCUGUUCGAUGUCUCAAAGAUUCCUCCUUCCUCCCUCGAGACAAACAGAGGCUGAAGCAGGAGCUCAGCUCUGAGCUGAGUACUCUCCUUUCCAGCCUGUGCCGUCACUUACGCAGGGGGUCGCCAUUAUCUCCAGCCAGUGGCCUCCCCUCCAUUCAGUCCAAACCCUCCGCAUCCGGGUCAAAGGCGAGCCACGAGGGCCAGGAGCCCAUCAUCCAGCUCGUCCAGGCCUUCGUCAGACUUGUGCAAAGAUAAAUGUGGGUUCCCAAACCCCCACGUCAUAAAAAUAUCAACUUUUUACUUUUAAAAUCUUCUCCUGUAAACAAAACAACUUGCAUUUCAUACCUGUAGAUUACACACACACAUACGUUUGACUUUGAGUGUUUAUUCUAGUAUUAGUAGUAUAUUGUAAAACGUUAAUGGGUGUCAAAAAAUUGAACACUUGAUUCUAAUUUUGUAAAAACUAAAUUGAAACGGAACCAACGUGUUUAAAACAUUCUUAAGAAGCUGCCUGACAGGUUUACUAUCGACGAAGAGCUGAGACCACAGAUUUCAGUGCUGGUCUUCAUCAGUCACUGACUGUGGUCCACUGUUUCAGACCUAGUUUUAUAGGUUACCAUGACAACCAG